AUGUCUUUAACUAAAAUGGACGAAGAUAACAAAGAAUUGUUGAAUGGCAUCAUGGAUGAAAUCAGUCCAGGUUCGAUAAACAUACGUGACUUUUCGCGUGACUUAUUAAGCGGUGAUAGUGGAAUUCCAUCCGUUGAUGUUCAUCAAGAUGAUAAAGCAUGGGUCGCAAAGAUCAAAUUAGAUGGUAUUGAUAAAGAUGAUAUUGAGGUUGAAGUAAAAGAUGAUAGUUUAAUUGUAAGAGGAGAAUACAAUGAAACCUCUGAAAAUACAACUGACGAUGGAACAAUUAGGGAAAUCAAAUCAAGUUCUUUUUCACGUUCCAUUUCUAUUCCAGAAGGGUUUAAUACUAAAUCUGUUGAUAAAAAAUAUGAUGAUAUCUAUUUAAACGUUACUGUUGAAAAGGAAUAA